AUGGGAAGUUUACAGAUUACGCGUAUUGAUUUAGAGUGCGGUUUUGGCUCCAAUUUGUUCAUCAUGGAUGUUGAUGACGAUGAUGAUGAGAGAAGUACAUGUACUUCAGAAGCCGAGGAGGGUUCUUGUCAUACACAGUUCUACUCAAAUUCUGGUGGUUCAAUUGAUGGUCUCAAUUCUGAUUUGAAAUUGAUGAAGUUUUGGAUACUAGAAGAGCGUCAUCUAAUCUGCGAAAUUUGCAAUGCAAUUGCACGUAAUGUUGUUGUUCCCAGUGACAUUGUAUCGACGCAGCAGAUUGCUGAGUUGAGUACUUACUCAACAAAUGCAGAUCCUGUACCAGCAGCAUCAACUUCAGCAACAAAUUCACCAUCAACUUCAGAGACUUUGACAUUCUUUAUAGGACACCAACUGGUCAAUAUUCUGCUUUCAUGUGUAGUUUCUGUUUUCUUCCUGUCAUGGCUAUUCCACUUUCACAUGCCUUUUUGA